AUGUGUGACCGCAUCAUCUACAUCCAGUGUAAUUUAUCCUCUGUGCCCUGGCAGGGCUCAGCAGCAGUGGCGGCAACAGCGGCUUCCCCAUCCCCUACACCUGGGUACCACCACGUCCUCUACAAAGGGCGUGGUGAAACCCAGGUGAGCUGGCACGGGGAGACGUACUGCCUGGUUGGAGCCUACCGCUGCUAUGGGGAUGCACCCAUUCCCACCCCAGAAAAGAUGGAAGUGGAGAAGCCGGUCUCCAGGCGGGCUCCCAAGAGACCUUCAACAAACUCGUUCUCAGAUGAAGAACUAGGUUGCCCCCCGGCCAAAAUUCAGCGGCUACAACCUAGUCCCAAGAAGGAGACGCCACAGAAGCGUGCUGGCAGAGCCACUGCUAGAAGGAAGACACGACGUUAACAGCUGAAAUACAGUG